CGCACACACAAACAAUUAAACAAGCAGUAAAAGCAGGCUUCCACACAGCUAUCUGUUAUUCUCUGUCAUUCAUCCACCAACAUCAUGACUGGGAGACUAGUUCUGCUGGGACUUCUGCUUAUCUGUGUGGCUGCAGAUGAAGCAGACAAUUCUGGAUUCGUGAGAGAGCCUUCUUGUCCUGACAGGGAGAUUGUGGCGUGUCCUCUGAACCUCGCUCCGGUGUGCGGCAGCGAUGGAAACACUUACGCCAACGAGUGUACCCUCUGUGUCCGCAGACAAACAACCAAGAUGAACAUUUUGAUCGUAAAGGAGAAAAGUUGCUGACGCGGAUGACUGACAGCAGUGUCACCGAGACUCCAAAUCAUGAAGAAUCACAGCAUCUACCCCAAACUGUCAAUAAAACUUCAAUUUCACUAUU